AUGGCAACCAAGGCUGACGAUGUACUCACGAUUGGUUUUCUGGUCGUCGAUGACUCGUAUGUGAAUCGGGCACUUUUGCAAAAGAUGCUGAAUCAGUUGAAGCCUGAUAUGGGAUUGCAUACGGCUAAUGAUGGCCAGGAGGCUAUUGAUCUUGCAGGAAAACACAAAUAUCGGAUGAUCUUCAUGGACUUGCAGAUGCCUAGAGUUGAUGGUUGGCAAGCCAUUGCUCAUAUCCAGAAAGGAGGCAUCAAUAGUCAAACCCCUAUCGUCAUCACAUCAGCGAAUACUGUAAAGGAAGACGAUGGGAAUUUUGGGAGAUGUGAGGUGUUGACGAAACCGAUUAAAGCCGCAGAUCUGAAGUCCAUUGUGGAUCGCUACAUAGUGUAA